CGGACAUCAAUAUUAAUCUAUUAAAGUAAAGAACCAGUCAAAACAUGGCUUCCCAAAGCAAAAAUGUGUUGACUCCGUAUAUAAAGUCACUUCUUUUGAAUCCUCCUAAUCUUUCCCCCGCCGACUUAGAAACUGUUUUGAGGUACAUGUUCAAAGGUAUUCCAUCUACUGUUCAAAUGGCCUCUUUUUUAACUGCAUUACGAUUAAGAGGUUUAGACCAUGAUCCUAAGUAUAUAGCUGCUGCUGCUCAAGUGUUGAUUGAAUUCGCAUCUAAAGUAGACCCGGAAUCACUUCAUUUAGAAGGUUAUAUCGAUAUAGUGGGGACUGGGGGUGAUGGUCAAAAUACUUUUAAUGUCUCGACAUCAUCAGCCAUUGUUGCAUCUGGUAUGGGAUUAAGAGUAUGCAAACACGGUGGGAAGGCAUCUACCUCUACAUCGGGAUCGGGAGAUCUUUUGAAGUGUUUGGGUGUGGAUCUUUCGUCUGUUAACUCUACUACAACCGCCGAUAUUGUGAAAAAGACUAACUUUUGCUUUUUGUUUGCUCCUUCAUUUCACCCAGUAAUGGGUAAGGUAGCCUCUAUAAGAGCUGAAUUGGGUAUCCCCACCAUCUUUAAUAUCUUGGGUCCUUUAAUCAACCCUAUGCCCUUAAGAGCAAGAAUAUUGGGGGUUUACAGUGAGAAUAUUGGUGAGUCAUACGCACAAGCAGUAUCGGAAAUGGUCAAAUCAAGCAAACACCAUGAAAGAACAAUGAUUGUUCAUGGUAAGAUUGGAUUGGAUGAGAUUUCACCAGUUGGUUUUACUAAGUGCUGGAUAAUCGAUAAAGACGGGGAUAUAACCAUAAAUUAUAUUUCACCAAAAGAUUUCGAUUUACCAGACCACAACAUUGACACGGUUAAAUCGGGUACCCCCGAGGAAAACGCUCAAACUUUGCUUCACAUCUUACGUCAAGAUCAUGAAGAUUUCAAAAUUAAAGAUUCUGGUAAUCAUCCAAUUGUUGACUACAUUCUUUUAAAUAGUGCAGCACUUGCAGUAGUCUCUGGUCUUUGCACUUCUUGGGUCGAAGGGGUUGAACUCGCUAAGGAAUCCAUACGAAGUGGUGCUGCAAAUUCAGAAUUGGAAAGUUUCAAAGCGGCCAUUCUGGACUUGCCAGAGAUUUAAUAGACCUUCUGUAUAUAAUGUAAAUUAAUAUAUAUAUUUAAC